AUGGCUUCUUUGGCCGACCUCAUCGCCGCUCUGCCGGCUGAGGAUGGAUGGGGCCCGCCCACCACCACCGAGACAACCUUGAACGGUGUCCCCUACGCACCUUUCUCCAAGGGCGACAAGCUGGGUCGCAUGGCCGACUGGACGGCUGACAGCAAGAGCGAGCGUGGUGGUAGACAGCAGUACCAGCGCAACUACAGAGACCAGCAGAUUUACGGAGCCGGAAGUGCGCCGGUUUUCGCUGCUCCUAUCGCCGAGGACGAGUCCUCCUUCUCCAUUGUCAGCAGAGAGCCUACGAAGACACGAUACGGCCGUGGCGCUGUUUUCACCCGAGGUGGCCGUGGUCAACGCGGCGGUGUUCGCACCGAUACCAGAGGUGGACGCGCCCAGCCUACCACCGCUGGACGUCGUGGUGGUGCCCAGAGCUACGGCUACGACAGCCGUGGUGGACGCCAGAGCGCUCCCCGGGGUGGCCGCCGUUUCGGCUGGAAGGACUACGACAAGCCUCAGCGAAACCGGGAUGCCAGCAUCAACGUCAAGCCUGACUGGAAGCUUAUCGAGGAGAUCGACUUCAACAGACUGGCCAAGCUCAACCUGGAUACCGACGAGGGUGAGGAUAUGGAUAGCUACGGUUUCCUGAACUACUAUGACCGCUCAUAUGACAAGACUACCGUCAAGUCUGGCGAGAAGAGGCUUACAGCCAUCGACCGCGCCACAUACAAUGUCACCACUUCGUCAGACCCUGUCAUCCAGGAACUGGCCGAGAAGGAUGAGGCUACCAUCUUUGCCACUGACAGCAUUCUUUCCAUGCUGAUGUGUGCUCCUCGAUCCAUCUACCCCUGGGACAUUGUCAUUGUGCGACAGGGCAACAAGAUCUUCAUGGACAAGCGCGAGAAUGCUGCCCUUGACAUGGUCACUGUGAACGAGAACGCUGCCGACGCGCCGCACGAGGGUGCCGAUGGAACCAAGGAUGGUAUCAACUCGCCUGCUGCUCUCGCCGAGGAAGCCACCUACAUCAACCACAACUUUGCCAACCAGGUUGUCGUUGAGGGUGACUCCAAGGUGGAGAUGCCUCACGCCAACCCCUUCUACAAUGCCGCCGAGGAGUCUGAGCCCCCGGCUAGCAAGGCCUACAAGUACAGGAGAUUCGACCUGUCUUUGAGCGAGGAGGAGCCCAUGUACUUGAUCGUGCGAACUGAGCUGGACGCCGUUCAGAAGAACGCUAUUAGCGGAGAUGACCAGCACCUGACCAUCAAGGCUCUCAACGAGUUUGACAGCAAGGCACAGGGCAGCGGUGGUGCCUUGGACUGGAGAACCAAGCUCGUCAGCCAGCGUGGUGCUGUCGUUGCUACUGAGAUGAAGAACAACAGCGUCAAGCUUGCCCGAUGGACGGUCCAGAGUAUUCUUUCCAAGGCUGAUGUGAUGAAGGUUGGUUUCGUUUCUCGUGCCAACCCCAAAUCCAACGACAAGCACGUCAUUCUGGGCGUUAUCGGCUGGAAGCCCCGUGACUUUGCCAACCAGAUGAACUUGUCUCUGUCCAACGGUUGGGGUAUUGUCCGCACGAUUGCGGACAUGUGUCUCAAGCGCGAGGAGGGCAAGUUCGUUCUUGUCAAGGACCCCAACAAGUCCAUCCUGAGACUGUACGAGGUUCCUGCUGGCAGCUUCGACGACGAUGACGAGGAGCCCGUCAUUGUUGAGGCGAACGACGAGGAAUAG